GAGAAAGUGAGAUAGAGAGAGGGAGAAAGAGAGAGAGAGGGAGAAAGAGAGAGAGAGAUUCCAGGUUUCUCCCUGCUCUCUCCACUUUCAGGACUCCUGCUCACUCAUCUGAUUCAAUGGAGCUUUAGCGUCAGGGAUUUAAGCUGAAAAUCCACAUAUUUAUUACUCAUAAGCUUGUUACUAUUUAAAAAUUUGUACAUAAGUAGAUAAUUUAUUAUCAAGGUGAGUGUGCGACAAAGGCGUCGCUUAAAGCGCACCGGUUCACAGCUCAGCCGAUGCUUUCCUCGAUUUACUUUCUGUAUCAGAAGGCUAUCUAAAUAGGUACUGUCCUACUCUGUAGUCUUACCGAAAUUUGGGAACUAUGGAUAUUCGGAAGAAGAGAAGACCGUGGGGCAUGGAACUCAUCUCCUUGGGUCUGAUGACUAUUACUCUUGCCCUGUGCGAAUUACCACAAGCUCAAGCAGCAGAACCAGUUGAUGUUUUGCGGGUGAUGCAGUUGAAUUCACUUCCUGAAGGUGUGCAGAAGGUUCCAGGCUUUUGUACCUCUCGGCGCGCUGGAACUGCUGACCAUGCCUACCGAAUCACUAAGAAAGCCCAGAUCUCUGCUCCAACCAAGCAACUCUUUUCAGGUCGUUUCCCAGAGAACUUCUCCAUCAUGGCCCUGGUGAAGGCCAAACCUGGUCUUCAGGCCUUCCUGCUUUCAAUCUACAAUGAGCAAGGGGUGCAGCAGCUGGGACUGGAGCUAGGCCGCUCACCUGUCUUCCUUUAUGAGGACCAGAGCCGCAUGCCUGCCCCUGAGGACUACCCGCUGUUUACAGGGAUUAACCUGGCUGAUGGCAAGUGGCACCGCAUUGCCAUUUCUGUACAAAAGAAGAAUGUUACUCUCCUGCUUGACUGCAAGAAGCGCAUGACUAAAGCCCUUCCUAGAAGUAACAAGCCAGUUUUGGACACCAAGGGUAUCACUGUAUUUGGUGCUCGUCUGUUGGAUGAGGAGGUGUUUCAGGGGGAUAUUCAACAGUUGCUGAUUGCCUCCAACCCUCAGGCAGCCUAUGAUUUCUGUGAGCAUUAUAGUCCUGACUGUGAUUCUCCCCUCCCCAAAGUUCAGGCCCAGGAUCCUAACACUCCUGCCAACAAGGUUAAAUCCACUGCAAAACCUAAUAAGGCAAAAGCUAGCCCAGUUAAAUCAAAACCUGUUAAAAACAAAGCCCCAGCCCCAACUAGUGCUGCCACAACCAAGCCUGCCAAAGCCAAGCGUACUGUUGUGCAAAGUUUGCUUUCAAAAAUAAAGUCACCUGCAGCAGUUAAAUCUGGGCUACAUUCGAAAGCCACAUCUGCCCCCAAGAUUGGAAAAAAUGGCAAUACUAAAGCAGCUGAGAAUAAAAAAACUAGUGCUGCUCAAGGCAACAGCAAUGCUAAAGUAAAUGGAAAUGGCAAAGCAGCUGAACAGAAAAAAGUAAAUGGAAAUGGAAAGGCAACUGAAGUCAAAGUAAAUGGUUAUUUUAAAGCCAAUGGUAAUGGUAAGACAGUUCAGAAGGACAAAAAUAAUGGUGCAACUAAAUCAAAUGGCAAUGGCAACAGUAAAGCAGCAGAGGGGAAAAAAACCAAUGGGUCUAAACCUAAUGAUAAUGGUAAGGCAAAUAAAGGAAAAGCAACAAAUGGGGGUGUGGCCAAACCAGAGAAAAAUGCGAAAGUCAGUCAGGUGACGGCAAAGCCUAAAUUCGUAAAAACAGUAAAGGAAAAACACCUUUCAGUUACCCAAAAAAUUGUGAAACCCAAACCCAAGACGGAGACACCAACCCGGGCUCCCAUACCUGCUCCAGGCCCGGUCUCCAUUCCUUUCAAGCCAGUGAAACAGAAGGUGUCGAUAGACGUCAAUAACAUCAAAUCAGUGAACAAACAAUUCCCACCCUUCGGCAAGACUGCAGUCAGGGGUACCACCAUCUCCACUCCAGAAAAACCCAAGAAGAAACCAACCAGUGGUUAUCAACAGGAUGUAGAUACUGCUUACUCUGAGGCUGACCCCACCCCCACAGAGACGGAUUAUUAUUACACCUUAGAGGAGGAGCCCAGCCCACAACCACAGAGUGAGGUGACUGGACAUGAAGUUACUGAAGGCCAGGUCCAGGGGUAUAUAGAGGGUGAAGAGUUAGAAAAGGCGAAAACAGGUGAAGUGUUUGAGACACCAGAGGAGGCCUUCACUGAAGAAUAUGUGACAGGAGACAUCGGCAUGAAGGAGUAUGACUAUUCCUACAAGGAUUACAAUGAGCCCAUGCCUGAAGGGAAGACGGAGGAUACCAUGGGUCCAGUCUUAUCUGCUGUCAAGGAGGAUGGUGGUGCUUCACUGAGAGCCCAGAAAGGAGAGAAGGGAGAACCUGCUGUCCUUGAACCUGGAAUGUUGAUUGAAGGACCACCAGGACCAGAAGGACCAGCAGGUCUCCCUGGUCCCUCAGGGCCUUCAGGACCUCCUGGGUCUGUGGGUGAUCCAGGAGAGAGGGGUCCUCCUGGUAAAGCUGGUCUGCCUGGAGCUGAUGGUGUUCCUGGACCUCCUGGAACUUCAGUCAUGCUUCCAUUCCGAUUUGGACAAAGUGGAGGAGACAAGGGCCCCGCCGUUUCUGCACAGGAAGCCCAGGCUCAGGCUAUUCUUUCUCAGGCUCGGUUGGCUUUGAAAGGCCCACCUGGACCAAUGGGCUUUACUGGCCGACCUGGACCUUUGGGUACACCUGGCAGUAAUGGUUUGAAGGGCGAGAGUGGAGACCCUGGUGCCCAGGGUCCUAGAGGUCCUCAGGGAAUACCUGGUCCUCCUGGCAAAGCAGGGAGAAGGGGCCGUGCUGGUGCUGACGGUGCUCGUGGAAUGCCAGGAGAGACUGGAAUCAAGGGUGACCGUGGUUUUGAUGGGUUGCCUGGACUGCCAGGGGAUAAAGGAUAUCGGGGCAACAAUGGAGCAAUGGGACCAGUAGGACCCCCUGGAGAGGAUGGAGAGAGGGGAGAUGAUGGAGACGUUGGACCCAGAGGACUCCCAGGUGAACCAGGGCCUCGUGGUUUGCUGGGACCUAAAGGUCCACCUGGAAUAGCUGGAUCCCAGGGUGUGCGCGGAAGUGAUGGUCCUCCUGGUCCAAAAGGAAAUCUGGGACCCCAAGGAGAGCCAGGUCCUCCAGGCCAGCAGGGAGGCCCAGGAACACAAGGAAUGCCCGGGCCUCAGGGAGCUACUGGUCCUCCAGGAGAGAAGGGACCUACAGGAAAGCCAGGUCUACCAGGCAUGCCUGGAGCUGAUGGUCCUCCUGGUCAUCCAGGAAAAGAAGGCCCAUCAGGAACCAAAGGAAAUCAGGGUCCCAGCGGUCCUCAGGGUUCUAUUGGUUACCCUGGCCCUCGUGGCAUCAAGGGUGUUCAAGGUAUCCGUGGACUGAAGGGUCAUAAGGGAGAGAAGGGAGAGGAUGGAUUCCCUGGAAUCAAGGGAGACUUUGGUGUAAAGGGAGAAAGGGGAGAAGUUGGAGUGCCAGGUCCCAGAGGAGAGGACGGUCCUGAGGGUCCUAAAGGUCGUGUUGGCCCCCCUGGUGAGAUUGGCUCUCUUGGUCCAGUUGGAGAGAAGGGAAAACUUGGUGUUCCUGGACUGCCCGGCUAUCCAGGAAGGCAAGGUCCUAAGGGCUCACUUGGAUUCCCAGGAUUUCCUGGCACAAACGGAGAGAAGGGUGGAAGGGGUCUGAUUGGAAAGACUGGGCCAAGAGGGCAAAGAGGACCAACAGGGCCCAGAGGACAGAGGGGUCCACGUGGGUCUACUGGAAAAUCAGGUGCAAAGGGUUCAUCGGGCGGUGACGGCCCUGCUGGUCCACCAGGAGAGAGGGGAUUGCCUGGACCUCAAGGAGCAAAUGGAUUCCCAGGACCGAAAGGACCUCCAGGACCUCCAGGAAAAGACGGACUGCCUGGACACCCUGGACAGAGAGGAGAAGUUGGAUUCCAAGGCAAGGCUGGACCUCCUGGACCACCAGGUGUUGUUGGACCUCAGGGACCUUCAGGUGAAACUGGCCCAAUGGGUGAGCGUGGUCACUCUGGACCUCCUGGACCACCAGGUGAGCAAGGCCUUUCUGGCCCUUCUGGUAAGGAAGGAACAAAAGGAGACCCUGGUCCUCCUGGCGGCCCUGGCAAAGAUGGACCACCUGGAUUGAGAGGCUUCCCUGGAGAGAGAGGACUUCCAGGAACACCGGGUGGCGCUGGACUAAAAGGAAAUGAAGGCCCUGCAGGACCUCCUGGAACAGCUGGAUCUCCAGGUGAGAGAGGACUGGCAGGCACAGCAGGCCCAAUUGGUCCUCCUGGAAGACCUGGACCUCAGGGACCCCCUGGAUCUUCUGGAGAGAAAGGAGUACCUGGAGAGAAAGGUCCAGUUGGUCCAGCCGGUCGUGAUGGCAUUCAAGGCCCUGUUGGUCUACCAGGCCCUGCUGGAUCCCCAGGUGUUCCAGGAGAAGAUGGUGACAAGGGUGAAGUAGGAGAGCAUGGGCACAAGGGAGCCAAAGGAGGCAAAGGAGAGCAGGGUCCUCCCGGUCCACCUGGGCCAAUGGGUCCUGUUGGACAGCCUGGUGCAGCUGGUGCUGAUGGUGAAACAGGUGCCAGAGGUCAACAGGGUCCGUUUGGUGCAAAGGGAGAUGAAGGAACUAGGGGAUUCCCUGGGCCUCCAGGCCCCAUUGGGCUACAGGGACUGCCAGGCCCGAGUGGAGAGAAGGGUGAGACUGGAGAUGUUGGACCAUUGGGUCCUCCUGGCCCUCCGGGACCCCGUGGUCCAGCUGGUCCCAAUGGUGCUGAUGGUCCUCAAGGUCCUCCUGGUGGUUUAGGAAAUCCAGGUCCUGCAGGAGAGAAGGGUGAACCUGGAGAAACUGGACCUCCUGGUGUUGGUGGAGAACCAGGAAAGAAGGGCCCAAGAGGAGAGCGUGGUGAGAAAGGUGAAUCUGGGCAGCCAGGCACUCCUGGUCCUGCUGGAGGAAAGGGGCCUACUGGAGACGAUGGUCCUAAAGGAAACCCUGGUCCUGUUGGUUUCCCUGGUGAUCCUGGACCCCCUGGUGAAGUUGGACCUAGAGGCCAAGAUGGAGCAAAGGGAGAGAGAGGAGAAGAUGGUGAACAAGGAGAAGCUGGCUCUCCAGGACCCUCAGGAGAAAACGGACCACCUGGGCCCCCUGGAAAGAGAGGUCCUCCCGGCACAAGAGGACCUGAAGGUCGUGAAGGAGAGAAAGGAAGCAAGGGAGGUUCAGGAGCAGCUGGUGCCCCUGGAAAAACUGGCCCUGUUGGGCCACAGGGUCCUCCAGGAAAACCAGGAACAGAGGGUCUGAGAGGUCUCCCAGGAUCAGUGGGACAACAAGGUUCUCCUGGCCCUGCAGGCGAGAAAGGACCUCCUGGACCUAUUGGUCCUUCUGGGUUGCCAGGUCUGCGUGGCGAAGCUGGUGCUAAGGGAGAGAAAGGACACCCAGGUUUGAUUGGUCUGAUUGGACCUCCAGGAGAGCAGGGAGAAAAGGGAGACCGAGGACUGCCUGGCCCACAGGGAUCAUCUGGGUCUAAGGGAGAAACUGGAAUGCCUGGUGGAACUGGCCCUCUGGGCCCUGCCGGUCCUGCUGGUGUCCCUGGUCCAAGGGGUAUUAAAGGAGCCAAGGGUGCUGCUGGUGGUGCUGGACCCAAAGGAGAGAAAGGUGUUCAAGGACCUCCAGGACCCCCUGGACCUCCUGGUGAUGUCAUCCAGCCCCUUCCUAUUCAGAUCCCCAAGAAGUCUAAACGCUCCAUUGAUGCCAGUGAGAUUUUGCCUGAUGGAAAGGCCAUGGACGACACCACGGGCACUGAAUUCCUAAAUGGCAAUGAAGGCAUGGAAGAGGUCUUCGGUUCUCUCAAUUCUCUUCGUCAGGAAAUUGAGGCCAUGCGCUUCCCACUUGGAACAAAAGACAGUCCAGCCAGGACCUGCCAGGACCUCCUCCUCAGUCAACCAGAAUAUACAGACGGUGAAUACUGGAUUGAUCCAAACCAAGGCUGCACCCGUGACUCUUUUAAGGUUUACUGCAACUUCACAGCUGGUGGGGAGACUUGCCUUUAUCCUAGCAAGGAAGUGGAGAAUGUAAAGAUGAACUCUUGGCCAAAGGAGAAGCCUGGAACAUGGUACAGUCGGUUUGCCAAGGGAAGCAAGAUGUCAUAUGUGGACUCCAAUGGUGAACCCGUGGGUGUGGUCCAAAUAGGCUUCCUGCGAUUGCUGAGUCUUCAGGCUCGUCAGAACCUCACCUACCACUGCCACCACUCUGUAGCCUGGGCUGAUAGCACUUCUGGCAAUGGCUACCAGAGGGCGCUGCAUUUCCUGGGUUCUAAUGAAGAAGAGAUUAGUUACGAGACUAACCCUUAUAUCAAGGCCCUUUCUGACGGCUGUUCUUAUCGCAAAGGCUACGACAGGACAGUUCUGGAGAUCAACACACCUCAGGUGGAACAGCUCCCUCUCUUGGACAUGAAGAUCACAGACUUUGGCGAGAACAAUCAGAAGUUUGGUUUUGAAGUGGGACCAGUCUGUUUCCGGGGGUAAAAACAUCUCCACAUGCCAAAGGAACACAAAUAUAGACACAAAUGGGAGCACACAGACAUACUUGGACAUUGGCACUCAUCCACGCUCGCACACCCUCACACACCUAAAGUCAUGAAAAACAACAGUGACACAAAGGUGUGGCAAAAAAAAACAAAAAAACAUCAUGCUCAGUGACAAAGAUAAUAUCCAACCAAGUAUUGGACGACAAGGUUGUAUGUUACGAGGAGGAGUGUAAUGGCAAGAGCUGUUGGCCAAAAGUGGUCAAUGAUCAGACCACUAAAAGAUCCUGUUUCAGAUUCCUCUGUCCCUCGUCUCUCCUCCUCGCUGUUGCUCUUUUGAGGUGUCCUACUCUCUACCUCCAUGCUUCAGCCUUCUACUUCUAGUUUUAUACGAUCUUUGCCUCUUUCUACAUUUGACUUUGUUUUUUCCACCCUAUUAAAAUGUAGUUACCUGCAGAUACAGAAGUUUUACUGUGGACCUGAGGCAAAGUCUUCUUUUGAUAAUUUAAAAAUAAGGUCAAAUUCAGGCAUGUGGAUGAAGUUUCUUACGUUGAUGUUUUCUGGUUGGAAUCAGAUGUGAAUAAGAUUUAACAUUUUACCCUUUCCUUACUGUAAUAAAACCCUACCAGCAUUGCUUUUGUACUGUAUAACUGUUUUAUUGAGCCUGAUAUACAGUCAUGUGAAAAAGUUUGAAACCCAUUAAAACUCCUCAUAUGGACAUUUGAUUCUCCUUUUAACAGUAUAUGAAGGAAUAUGAAGGUAAUACAACUAAUCAAAUAGAACUGAAGCAAUGUCUUUUGUUAAAGGUGCUCUCUGAUAAACUUAUGAAGCCUCUAAAGGUGGAUACAUGUACUUUUUAUGAAUGAAAUUUUACAAAUAAUUUAAAAAGACAUUUAUUCAGUGAUGUUUGUUUAGUUGUAAUACCCCAUCUCUCAUUAUAGUUAAAAUUAAAUUCUGUAUGUUCAAACAUGUUAAAAAAUACAGCAUUUCCAUGGGUUUCCUAACUUUUUCACACGACUAUAUGCAAUGAAUUCAAUCCCCUGUAAAUUUUAAUGAUAUGUACAUUAAGAUUUUGUAAGCAAGCCGUGAGCACAAUGGCAAUGUACCACACCAGUAUUUAUAGAGAAUUCAGUGAAGCAAUUUCUGUAAUGCAUCUUUGUAUUUAAGCAGGAUUCACAUGCAGAUGUGACAUUAACCAAAUGUGUUCUUUAAAGUGGAAUAAUUCUGUGUUCUGAAUAUUUGUCAACCGUCAGUUGUUUUAUCCACCUACAGUGAUCAGUAUUGAAAACAAGCUCAUCAGCUCACAAUAACUGACCUCUCUUACAGCAGUGUUACGCCUGGAAAUGUGCACAAGAAACCAUUUGUACAGUAAAAUUGUUCUGUUUUAUUUAUUUUUGAAAAAAGUGAACCAGAAUGCUAACUGCAGAACCAAACACUAUUACAAGACAAAAUAAAAUGUGGUAUUUCAUCUGUAUUUAUUUCCUGUAGUUUUCCCAUCAGUCCAUUAAAUAUGAGCAUUGAAAUUCAA